CCUCAGAGGAGUCGGUGCAGCAGGUAUAUAGACAGAUAGAGAGCCAAUUAGGACCUUUGGACUGUUUGGUCACCGCUGCCGGUAAGGCCUCACUCUCCGUCUUGAGCGCGCGUCCGCUAACGGGAGCCGCCAGGCAUCGUGGAGAACUUUCCAGCCGUAGAGUAAGUCGAACCACCUCGGCCAACUCGAAGAACUCGCACCAGAUAGUUACCCUACCGACAAGCGCCUUCACAUUGCACACGUGUACUGACUGUCCACAGAUCGUCAACCAACCACAAGUUAGAUCGGUUUCCAUUUCCUCUGUUCGAGACAUUAACGAGAUGACAAAGUUGCAAACAUCGUAUAAUGCAUCCAAAGCAGGUGAGUUUGUAGCCUUGACAAAUUUAGGCGAAAUCGCCUGCUGA